ACAAUAACUAAAGCAUGGAAGCCAGGCUAAAAUAGCAACUAAAAACGUAUACCUGAUGCACUCGCUCUUUACACGAUUUUGCGUAGGAGAGAAUGAGACCGCAAACUGAACAUAGUUCUCAUAAUUUGCAGGUUGUCACUAGCAUUCAGUGGACUCAUUACAAUUUUAUGUCAUUGGACUUAUUCAGCAUACUACCAAAUUCAAAAUCACGUUUUGACGUUCUAUGUUUCAGUUUCACUCAACUUGCUCACUUGGCCGAAUUAAAGUACUGAUGUGUCACCGUGGUUGUGUUUACGGCUCGUGUUAUUAAAAAAAUAUUUUCUAAGGAAUUUGCGCAAAAGAAAGUGUAUGGUCGUUCCUGGUCGUUCUUUAAGAUGUGUUUUAUAUCAUAAAAAUAUGUCUUGUGUGAUUGACGGCUGCCAUUCACAUUCGGGAAGAAAAGAAAACAGUGGUGAAAAAAUUCACUUUCAUUCAUUCCCAAAGGUUGAAAAGAUCAAAGUAGAGUGGAUAAGACGAGUCGGGAGACCUGACUGGAAGUGGAAGACCUACAGCAGGAUCUGUUCCAAGCACUUCUCGCCCGACAAUUAUUUGCACAGUGAAUAUUCUACUAAAAGGCGGUUAAAAUUUCAAGCUGUGCCUUCAAUUAAUUUGUCCGAAGCUGAUUCAAUUAGUUCAGAACGAGGACUCAUUCACAGUAUUCCAUCUGCUGUACAAGGACAAGGAAUUAAUACGGUAACUUCUGAGCAUGGACACGUUCAAUGUUUUCCAUCUGCUGUAACCCGAAGAGCUCUUCAAGCAUUAGAAGGACAAGAAAAUAGAAGUUCAGAACGAGGACACAAUGACAUUCACAGUAUUCCAUCUGCUGUACAAGGACAAGGAAAUAUUACGGUAACUUCUGAACAUGGACACGUUCAAUGUAUUCCAUCUGCUGUAACCCAAAGAGCUCUUCGUGAAUUAGAAGGACAAGAAAAAAGAAAACCACUAAUGGAAAUUAACACUGGGAUAGUGUCAAUAGUAAAACGAAAAUGUUCGUCUUCAGAUAAGAGAUGAAUCAUCCGCUGAAAAAAAUAUAAAACUAUUAGAGAAACGAGUUCAAGAUUUAAAAAAUGUUUCGGAUCGCCGUCUACGUAAAAUAAACACGUUAACAAAACGAAUUUGUCGACUUUAAAAAAAAAAAUGAAGAUCUUUACACAAUCGUAAUAGACAAAUUGAGACAGGACAAUAUCGAAACCGAGUAUAUUAAUAUGUUAGAUAGCUUAAAUAAGAAUGAUGUAAUCAAAAGAUUUCUUCAGAAACAAUGCGACGAAGUUCUUACCAGACAGUAUGGUAUUGAAAUUAAAAAAUUCGCAGUCACAUUACAUUAUUUAUCACCAAAGGCAUACUCGUUUGUCCGGGAACACUUUGAAAAUGUAUUGCCACACCCGUUUUAAACUGUAGUUCUGACUACAAAAAAGCUAUUAACGACAGCACCAAUUGUAGACGUCGUUUAGAACCUAAAUCACAUGAUACUUUUGAUCAUUUGAAAGAACACGACUACAUUUUGUACCCAUCGUCUCUUACGGAAUAUUCUAAAAAUGUCGUAGAAUACAUAGCCGGCUUUAUCCGAAGGAAAUUAAAAAAAUCUUUACAAUGCGAACAAAGUGAUCCUAUAAGGGUUCCGUUUUUUCCUUAUGAGGUACGGAACCCUAAAAAUGCAUAGAAAGUCUUGAGAACACGGAGAGUAUUCCUGAAAGAUCUUUGAUAUCUAUAAAAAAUAGAGGAGGCCUAUUUAAACCAACAUCCGGCUUAACCAAGAUCUGUCAACUUUCCGAAAAAAUUUUAAGAGAAUAUCAAAUGCAUAUUGGUUCAAAAUCUCUCGGUCAACCAAAAACAUUAUUAGAGAUGAUUAAUAAAGUUUCAGCAAAUGUAUUGUCGUCAGAAAUUUUUCGUGAAUUAAAAGAUCAUUCAUUAGAACAAUCUUUCUAUGAUGAUCACAGAAAUCUUCUUAUAAAGUCCAUAGCACAAAAAUAUUUUAAACUUAGGAUACAUUAUAUAACUAAAAAUUUGACUGUACCUACCGAAAAAAUUCGCACACAUUUAACAAAGACAAUUAUAUUUAAAGGUCAAUGAUAAACACAUUAUAGUGCAUAACUGCCACGGUUUGUAAUAGGUAUAUGCUUUGUUUAUGAACAAUUAAAUUAUCUUUUUAA